UGAAAAAGUGGGUGAGGCAUCAGUGGUAAAUUACCCAUCUUCCUGUCUUUUAAGCAUCACAGAGUGUAAUGACUUGUGUCAAGAUGCUUCUGUUUUGGGUGACACUAUGUUUUCUCCGCCAAGGAAAUACCUUGGCUCCUGUUGUCACUGUUCAACUGGGUCAACCUGUGACUUUGACAUGUGUUUUUACCAAGACCAUUGGGAGCCUCGGUUGGGUUCACUGGUACAAGCAAACUGCAGGAGAUACUCUAAAAUUAAUUGUAAUGACACAUCCCAAUACAAAUCCCGAUUAUGGACCAGGAUUUACAUCUGGAAAUUUCAACACAACAUAUUACAACAAAAUGAGCAACUUGACGAUUCGGAAGACCACCAAAGAAGAUGAAGGAAUGUAUCACUGUGGUCUUAUGGACUGGCUUGGUUCUUCUUGGAAUGGGUCUUAUUUAUUAUUAACAGGCAACAGUGAAACAACAUCAAGCUACCGUGUUGUUCAGCAGCCAGCUGUUCUGGAUCUACAUCAUAAAACUUCGGAGACUCUGCAGUGUUCACUUGUCUCUCAGACUGAGACAGAGACUUGUGCAGGAGAUCCCAGUGUGUUCUGGUUCAGAACCGGAUCAGACAAGAACUCUCCUGAUCUCAUCUACAGUGAUGGAAAAAUGCCUGAAAAUUGUGAGAAGACGUCAAACACUCAGAAGAAAUGCAGAUAUAAUUUCUCUAAGAACAUCAACUCCUCUGAUGUUGGGACUUAUCACUGUGCUGUGGCCACAUGCAAAGAGAUAUUUAUUGGAAAUGGAACCAGAAUCGAAAGCGGUAUGAAUUGUUUUGCAUAG